UUUUAGUUCAGUCUUUCAUUCACUUCCACUCCGGCACCGCCUUCACAAUGUUCCGUCCUCAACCCGCCAACGCCUGUAACAGCACAGCGUCUCGGGAGGAUUGGCGCUGAAGUUACUGAUGCCCCGCCCCCGCACCUGCAUCAUACCUCCCCUACCCGUACCUACCUGGUGACCUAGCUUGGUUGGUAACCAAACUCGUCUCAGGAGACUCAUCAGGAGCCAACCUGUCACCACGCCAAACACCAAAUUCCACCGCUUCUCCCGACAACACCACCGAUAACGCCCUCCCCGUUUGCACCUUUCUACUUCCAUCUCCAGGCGAUGCACACUGUCACUCUAGCCUAAUACGAUACCUUCCAUCCCGACAAUCAAACAACAAUCACCACCUCAGCUACGAACAACACCAUGACCACCUACUCGAACGAUUCCCCCGCCCUCUGGAUCUUCACCUCCCUCACCGCCGGCUCCUCUCACAUCGUCACCGCCACAUCUCGUCUCGAGACCAUCCUACGUGCCAACCGCGUGCCCUUCAAGGCCGUCGAUAUCGCCACUGAUGAGAAUGCCCGCAGGAUCUGGGGCCGAAGGGCCCUGAAGGACGAGAGCGGCCGCAUGAGGAAGCUUCCCGGCUUAGUGCAAGAGGGCUUCGUCUUGGGCGUAAGUUCACCUUUCUGGGAGCUUGCUGAGGCCCCGGGGGAGCUAGCUACUAACGGUCCACGCGUAGGAUAUCGUCGAGAUUGAGGACUG